AACCCUUUCUCUGCUCUGCCUUUUCUAGCCAGGACCAAGAACCAAGAGGACUUGUGGUCACCAUCUCCCUCCUCUCCGCCAUCCACCACUGUUUACCCUGCCUGACACACCAUGGACCCCAAAGCCAUCAAGGAGGAGCUACGUCUGUUCCAGAGCACCUUGCUCCAGGACGGCCUGAAGGAGCUGCUCAAUGAGAACAAGUUUGUGGACUGCACUCUCAAGGUGGGCGACCGUAGCUUCCCCUGCCACAAGCUCAUCAUGUCCGCCUGCAGCCCUUACUUCAGAGAGGUAUUCUUCACAGAGGAUGGGAAAGAGCUGGAAGAUACCAAAGAGGUGGUCCUGGAGGACGUCAACCCUUCCAUCUUGGACAUGGUCAUACAGUACCUCUACUCAGCGGAGAUCGACCUCACUGAUGACAAUGUGCAGGACAUAUUUGCCGUGGCCAACCGUUUCCAGAUCCCCUCGGUGUUCACUGUGUGCGUCAACUACCUGCAGAAGAAGUUAUCUUUGUCCAACUGCCUCGCUAUCUUUAGGCUGGGCCUGGUUCUCAACUGCCCCAGACUAGCAGUGGCUGCCCGUGACUAUAUCGCUGACCGUUUCGAGUCCCUGGCCGAUAACGAGGAGUUCCUCCAGCUGGCCGCCCACGAACUCUUCGCCGUCAUUGGUGGCGAUUCCCUCAACGUUGAAAGAGAGGAGGUCGUGUUUGAGGCGCUGAUGAACUGGGUACGCAAAGACAAGGACAAGCGGGUCAAGGUUCUGCCCGACGCCUUCGAGUGCGUCCGCUUCCGCCUGCUGCCGGAGAAGUACUUCCACGACAAGGUGGAAAUGGAUGAUAUCAUCAAAGCCGAUCCCGAGCUUCAGAAGAAGAUCCAAGUGAUCAAGGAGGCAUUCGGGGGGAAGCUUCCGGAGAAGCCCGAGAAGAAGGAGGGGGAGGAAGGAGCAGACAAAGUGGAGGGCGAGGAGGAGCAGAGCCUCUUCCCUGGUUUCCUAAACGAUAACCGCAGACAUGGCAUGUACACCUGCGAUCUCAUCCUGAUGGUCAACGACACGGCGGCGGUGGCAUAUGACGUGAAUGAGAAUGAGUGUUUCCUGGCAGCCUUGUCAGAGCAGAUCCCCAAGAACCAUGUGAUUAUGGCGUCCCAGAAGAACCAGCUGUUCCUCAUUGGAGGACUGUUUGUAGACGAGGAGAACAAGGAGCAGCCUCUGCAGUGUUACUUCUACAAGUUGGACCCACUUUCAGCUGAAUGGGAGGCUCUUCCACCCAUGCCAUCUCCCAGAUGUCUGUUCAAUAUGGGGGAGAAUGAUAACCUUCUCUUUGUCGUGGCUGGAAAAGACCUCCAAUCCAAUGAGUCUUUGGACACUGUCAUGUGCUUUGACACAGAGAGGAUGAAGUGGAGUGAGACCAAAAAGCUGCCUCUGAAGAUCCAUGGUCACUCUGUGGUCUCCAAUAAAGGUCUUGUCUACUGCAUUGGAGGAAAAACAGAUGACAACAAAGCCCUGAACAAGAUGUUCGUCUACAACCACAAACAGUCAGAUUGGAGAGAGCUGGGUGCCAUGAAGACAGCCAGGGCCAUGUUCGGAGCAAUCAUUCAUAAUGGGAAGAUUGUGGUGGCUGGUGGUGUCAAUGAGGAAGGCCUCACUGCUGCCUGCGAGACCUAUGACUUUGAAACAAACAAAUGGACAGAGUCCACAGAGUUUCCCCAGGAGCGCAGCUCAUUGAACCUGGUGAGCAGUGGGGGGGCCCUGUACGCCGUGGGGGGCUUCACCAUCAUCCAGAUGGAAAACAAAGAGGUGGCCCCAUCAGAGGUCACUGACGUCUGGCUGUAUGAGGAAGACAAGAACCAGUGGAGUGGUAUGCUGAGGGAAAUGCGUUACGCGGCGGGAUCCUCAUGUGUUUCCAUGCGCCUCAACCCUGCCAGAAUGGCCAAACUCUAGAAACAUCUUUAUUCUAGCUAAUAUUGAGGUUUCUUUUUCAUGACAACUUAAAUUUGGACUCUGUCAGUUAUGUCUGAAAUUCUGCCAUCACCUUAUCUCCUUUACUGAGGUUAUGAUACAAUAAUAACUAUAUUACAAUAGCAAUCACUCAUUCUGAGAAGACUGUCAGUACAGUCAACCUCUAAACCAUUUCCCUCUUAAUAACUCUAUAAUAACUCUAUUCACACCAUUUCUAGUUUUUUGUAAAAUAAACAUUUUUAAACUCCU